UUAAAUUGCAGCCCUGUUGAGCACUGGCACUAAUUGCAGCCCUACCCACAAUGCACUGCGGCGCUGGUUGGUGCUUUAGCUGAACGGAGCUCGAAAACAACAACAGCGUGACCCGAGCGGAACAACAGCGCCGAGCCGAGUGGAACCGAGCCGAGCCGAGCCGAGCCGCCUUCUCCCUUUUACUUUAGUAAUUUGUUUUAUGUUAUCCUGCACGGCGGUUAUUUCCUAAACGCGAUGGCUUUCUGACGCUUCAGUCUGGAUGAUAUGGUUGAUCUCUGCUGCCUUUCUUUUUCUCUCCACGCGUUUGGCUGGGAUUAAAGUGUGCUAGGUCUCCCUAUGUUUGAGCGUCUUCCGGCGGCGGUGGCGGCGGCAUCAGCGGUGCCAUGAAUAGUGGACUCCCGGUCUCGGCUGCUACGCUCAGCGGUGUCGGAAUACCGGGCGUCAAGGUGAAGUUCUGCCGCUAUUACGCGAAAGAUAAGACUUGCUUUUAUGGCGACGACUGCCAGUUUUUGCACGAGGAUCCUUCCGCGACGGGCGCCAUGCACGGAGGAGGCAGUGGCAGCCCGGUGACUUUAGCCCUCGCUGGCGGGGCAGUGAGCACCGCGGUGGCGGCUGUGUCAGGGUAUGCGCUCGCUGGCAACGCAGUGGCAACUUGUCCGAGCGGAGCUCCGGUGGGUGUCGCCAAAAAGAGCGAUUCUCUUGGGCUUGCAGGAGCGGCUCUGGACGGCCAGUUGUUGAGCAUCCCUGGAAUGGACAGUGUGGCGCUCAGUGACGCAAAUCUGACCAACUCCUAUUUCAGCAGCAGCUUUAUCGGAGUCAAUGGGUUUGGAAGUCCAGCCGAGUCCAAAUACUCAAUGAUGCAGAGAAUGACCAGCAGCAGCAGCUCCCCGAGUCUCCUUAAUGACGGUGCCAAGAAUUUCAGCCACAGCGCUCAUGAUCCUGUAAGUUCCCCCACAUCCUCCCUGUUUAGCGACUUUGGUGCUUUAAGCAUUACACAGAGGAGAAAGGCUCCUAACCCUGCUGCCACAGAGUUUGUCCCUAAAGGAGCACCACGUAUGUCCACGAUGUCUCAAGGGGCCGUACAGGCCUUUCCUUCGCCGCUAUUCCCCCAUCCUGGCCUGAGCAACUCGGCUGCAGUGGGACUCGCCCCCGGUAUGUCUUUGUCUGCUGGCUCGUCUCCUCUACACUCGCCCAAAAUCACUCCCCACACCUCACCUGCCCCUCGGCGCCGCAGCCACACCCCUAACCCCAACCAAGCCAAUUACAUGGUACCCACAACGGCGUCAGAGCAAGGAGGUGCUGCCCACAUCAUCCAAAAGGAGACUGUAGGAGGAACCACCUACUUUUACACAGACAACACCCCUGCUCCCAUGGCGGGAAUGGUGUUUCCAACGUACCAUAUCUACCCACAAACAGCACCUCAUGUGGCGUACAUGCAGCCCAAAGCCAAUGCUCCAUCCUUCUUUAUGGCUGAUGAGCUCAGACAGGAGUUGAUUAACAGGCAUUUGAUCACAAUGGCCCAAAUCGAUCAGUCUGAGAACGCAGGAGUCCCAUCUGAGGUGGACAGCUACCACAGCCUCUUUCCCCUGGAGCCUCUUCUGCCCCCCAACCGACUCCAGAAAACCAGCAACUUUAGUUACAUCACUUCCUGUUACAAGGCGGUCAACAGCAAAGAUGACCUGCCGUACUGUUUGAGGCGGAUACAUGGCUUCAGGCUGGUGAACACCAAGUGCAUGAUGCUGGUCGACAUGUGGAAGAAGAUCCAACACUCCAACGCUGUGACUCUUCGAGAAGUCUUUACCACCAAGGCUUUUGGAGAUCACUCGUUGGUGUUCUCUUACGACUUUCAUGCUGGGGCCGAGACCAUGUACAGCAGGCACUUCAACGACCCAACGGCUGACUCUUAUUUCACGAAGAGGAAGUGGGGACCGCAUGAACCACCUCCUCGACAGCAUGCCGGUCUGCUGCCAGAGUCUCUGAUCUGGGCCUACAUUGUACAGCUGAGCUCUGCCCUGCGCACCAUCCACACUGCCGGCCUGGCAUGCAGGGUCAUGGACCCCAGCAAGAUCCUAAUCACUGGAAAGACUCGGUUACGUGUGAACUGUGUAGGAGUGUUUGAUGUCUUAACAUUUGAUAACAGUCAGACCAACCACUUGGCCCUCAUGCCCCAGUACCAGCAAGCAGAUCUGAUCUCUCUGGGGAAGGUGGUGUUGGCACUGGCCUGCAACUCUCUGGCUGGCAUUCAGAGAGAGAACCUGCAGAAAGCCAUGGAGCUUGUGUCCAUCAACUACUCAUCCGACCUCAAGAACCUCAUCCUGUACCUGCUUACGGAGCAGAGUCGCCUGCGCAGCGUUAAUGACAUCAUGCCGAUGAUCGGAGCAAGAUUUUAUACCCAGCUGGAUGCUUCACAGAUGAGGAAUGAUGUCAUUGAGGAGGAUCUAGCCAAGGAGGUGCAAAAUGGCCGCUUGUUCCGACUUCUGGCCAAACUGGGAACCAUCAAUGAGAGACCAGAAUUCCAGAAGGAUCCAACGUGGUCUGAGACGGGAGAUCGCUACCUGCUGAAGCUCUUCAGAGAUCACCUGUUCCACCAGGUGACUGAAGCUGGCACACCCUGGGUCGACCUGAGCCACAUUGUGUCUUGUCUUAAUAAACUGGAUGCUGGAGUGCCCGAGAAGAUCAGUCUGGUGUCUCGGGAUGAGAAGAGUGUGCUGGUGGUGACCUACUCAGACCUAAAGCGCUGCUUUGACAGCACCUUCCAGGAACUGCUGGCUGCUGCCAACGGCUCACUGUAGCGCCCCUCGCAGGCAGGGGGUGGGAAUGCCUGAACCAGAGCACAUUGCACUACAGUGAACGAAGACAGGCGCAGCUAGAACGAUCUUAACAGCCGAAACGGAGCCAGCUAGUUGCUCACCUCCAGUCAGAUACACUGUCCUAAAAGGAAGUUAUACUUUUUUUUUUUUUUUUUCUCUCUCUAAAGUGUAUUUUUUUAGUUUUCCUAAACUCUCAGCUGCUGAACAUGACAGCUGUGAUGAAUUUUUUAGACUUGGAGGAACAUAUUGUCGAUAAAAAAACAUUUACAGGCAAUUUCCUGCUUUUAUUUUUCCAUUGGAGGAUGCACUAAGAAUUUUAAGUUUUUCCUUUUUAAAAGAAUUCAUGAGUUUGUGUCCACAGGAUGACACAAAAUGACAACGAGGACUAAUUUUCUGGGGUGGGAGUUGAACAACCUCUUCGUUAGGCACUGCGAGUUGGGACAGACCACUUGCCACGUGUGCAGAAUCCAGACCACUUUUUGGCUCCAUUAUCAUUUAGAUGGGACAAACCAUUGUUUGAUGGGGGAUGGAGUGGCCAAAUUGCUAUGAAGACUGACCACUGUUUGGAUGUGUGGUGUGGUAUGUUCUCGUUGCCCUUCGCAACUCCCUCCUGCUCCCCGACUCCCCCUGGCACCCCCACCAGCCGGUGAGUGGAACUUUCCAAAGUCACAUGCGAUCACAAAAAGGUCUCACCAUUACUGCCUGGGUUCUUGCUCUGUCCAUGUAACUUUGGUGGCACUGACAAAAGGGGUGCUUUCUCUUGUUGCUGUGUAAGACUUUAUUAGACUUAUGCAACCUCCAUUUGUUUUUUUUUGUUUUUUUUAAUUUUCUUUUUUUGCAAUGUCGCAAGAAUCAACAACUAUGUGAAUGGAUUUUUCGUUUGUUUAUCUUUUUCAAUCAGGCAUUUUAGGUCUGGAAAGGAACCAAAGAACUGGACCAUGUUUAGGAAGGGAACCAGUUCUGCCUCUGUGAAAUGUCCCUUUCCCUCUGCCCCCUUUUUGUGGAGCAACCAUUUAGAUUAUGCUCACAUGUUCACCCCCCACAUCCAUCCCACCUCAUUUUGUUGAUUACAAGCCAUCUUGGUCUCCAGGCUGGUUGACAUAUUUUGGAUUUAAUCAGUAACUCUUAUGUGAUGGUUCCUUUCUCUUUCAUUCCCAGAGAUUGUGUGGUCUACAUGAUGGGACUCUCAUUCAGACUAGUUCCAGUAAAACCUCUGGGAUAUAUGGAGUAAAGGGUGGGGCCUUUUAGUUAGGGUUUGAAUUUAUUUUGUGUUUGUUUUUUUUCUUUUUCUAUUUUCCUCACCUGAAGAUAAUGUGUCAGUAACAUCUGGUGAAAAACUGAGCAUUGACAAAACGGCAGGUAACAGUGGGGGUGUUGGGUUGUGGGAGGGAGUGGGUGGGGUUUGUAGAGGUGGUUGUUUUUGCACUUGGCAUUCUCUCAGGACGACUCGACCCGAAUUUAAGCCAAUGAUUGAAUGUGUUUUGACCUGUCAUUGGUGACCCUUUCCAAUCACGAGUCGAGCUACAGUGGAAACGGCGUGACGUGAGCAGGUAAGGUUGAGCCACGCUGAACACUGAGGGCUCAGGCAGGAUGAAGCAUGUUAUACUGUGCUGAUGUGAGGAUGCUGUUUUCGAAUUAUUCUUUUGUGUUUUCUCCUUUGUUGUUUGUCAACACAACAGUGAAUCUGGUGCCAAGCCUCUCCGAUUUUUUUGUUUUCCCUUUCCCAAAAUACACACCUUCCAGCAUAUCCAGCCAACACACAGCUAAUUUUCAUGUCAUAUCAUGAAUGCCAUCACCCUGUACCCCGAGGAUCACACUCCAGUAAAAGUGUGCUAACCCUUAAAAACACACAAAAUCUUAGUACUUUUAAUGCAAAACUUAUUUCAUUGUCUCACAUUUUGCAAUAUUUGUGUGUACAACAGUAUUUUAAUAAAGAAUACAAAAACUUUAAAA